CGUAGACUCAACAUUGACAUACCUACUGUAUUAAUAAAAUGAAGCAUGAGAGUGAAAUCUGAAAAAUAGCCUGCUACAGCAAAAGAAAAAUGACCAGGCAUGGCAAGAAUCCUUGAAGGACCAAGCGGAAGCAGAAUUGAAUCGUCAGGUUCUGAAAAUAUUGGAGACAUCAACCUUGGAGAGAACAAGAAGUUACAAUGUGAAUGUUGAAAAGCAGAAAAAUGAGCAGAGUGAGAAGAAGUCCACUCGACAAGACCUUCCCUUCAGUUUUCUGUCCAGCACUGAAUCACCAAAUAGAAUAGCCGGCCAUCUCAGUUUACUGGACUACCAGAAAGUUUCGGGACAUCGUCUUUCUGAUAGGAAGAAUGCAUUGAAACACUGCUAUAAAAUAAAACGCCUUGAAGCUUCAAUGAAAGAGAUAUUCCAUUCCAGCCCUCAACAACCUGACUGUAAUGUAUUACAAGAUGAUCAAAAUUAGACUGAAGUGGCAAUCCAACCUAGCUGGCCCAGUUGAAUAUAUUCUGUUUCUUGCAGGAGGCUGUACCUUGGAAGACAGUAGCCAAUUUGAUCUGAGAUCAAAGGAUUCAACUGUCAAGGAAUUGGUAAAAAGCAGAGAAUUACCAUUCCUCGACCAAAAGCAACUCAAGAAAUUCAAGAAACACUCCAAAGAAGGAUUUUUAGGCAUGGUUUCAACUGAUAGCAAUGACACCAAAGGAAUUCUAUUGAACAGACAUGGUCCUUUUUGGCCUGUGGGAUUUGGUCCAUUGUGUUCAACUCCAAGUCACAUCAUAAACUGUCCCAAAAUUGAAGCACUUUGGCACAAAAUUGAACAAGCUGCAGGGGAGAUGACUAAUUCACAACCUCAGAACAAUUCUUCAAGAUGUAAAUAUCUGGUCUUUGACUCGAGGAGAAUGAACAAAGGGUCAAUUCCACAUUCGGUUCCAGAAGACUGGGCUCCCAGUCUGAUUUUUGAGUCGAGAUUCGAAUCUGGAAACCUGCAUCAAGCUUGGAGGGUAGGCCAAUAUGAGUAUAAUUUGAUGUUGGCAAUGGAUACAUUCACCAGCAGACACACGCAAUGGUAUUACUUUCGGAUUCAGAGCAUAGUUUCAGAUGUCACCUACAAAUUCAAGAUAGUCAACUUGCUGAAAAAAGAAAGCCUUUAUAAUUAUGGAAUGAAACCUCUAGUUUACUCAGAGAAAGAUGCAAAAGAACAAAAUAUUGGCUGGUUUCGUUCAGGGCACCACAUCACAUAUAAACCAUGGAAUAACAAGGCCUUCAAAAAACCUUUCCCUGAUGUACAAUAUUACUGCCUAGAAUUUCAAAUAGAAUUUAGUAAUAAGGAUGAUACAUACUAUCUGGCACAUUGUUACCCCUACAGAUAUACUGACCUAAAGGCUCACUUGGAUGAAAUAACAAAUGAUUCUAAACAUGCAGCACAUUUUAAAAAGGAGGUUAUGUGUGAAACAAUAGCAGGAAAUAGCUGCUUUUUAUUGACAAUCACUGACUAUACACAUAUGGAAAAUUCUAAAUCGAAGCUUGGUGUUGUGUUGACUGCAAGAGUACAUCCUGGGGAAACUCAAGCCAGCUGGAUGAUGAAAGGCAUCCUGGAUUUUCUGCUAUCUGAGGAACCUACAGCAAAGGAACUGCGAAGGAGAUGCAUCUUUAAAAUUGUUCCUAUGCUAAAUCCAGAUGGAGUGAUAGUAGGAAACUAUAGAUGCUCUCUUUCUGCUAGAGAUCUCAACCGGAAUUAUUGGCAUCCAAAUCAGGAACUCUUCCCUACAGUUUGGCACACAAAAAAGAUGGUGGAAGAGCUACAGAAAGACAAUUAUAUCCUUCUGUACGGAGACCUCCAUGGCCACAGCCGAAAACCCAAUGCUUUUAUGUAUGGCUGCAGUCAGACAGGAGCUACUUGUCAAUUUGAAAUACUCAACUACCUCAGAGAGAGAAUAUUUCCAUGGCUGAUCUCUCAGAGGGAUCCAGAGAGGUUUGACUGGAAGAGCUGCAAGUUUCAUAUCCAAAAAUGUAAAGAAUCAACAGGACGAGUGGUGAUGUACAGGCAACUCGGCCUCGUCGAUUCUUUCACCUUAGAAGCCUCAUUUUCAGGAGCUGUAAAAGAACAACUCGCUGAGCGUCAUUUUAAUAUUCAAGAUUUUAUGUCAAUUGGGAAAACCUUCUGUGAAAGCAUUAUGGACUAUAUUAGUCUGGACGAAAACCCCUUGAAACUUAAUGAAGCAAUUCUAAACUUGACACAUUCAAUAGCAACAAAACAUAGAGGGAACAACACUUCCAUAGUCAGUUCAGAACUAAGUCUGUUUAAAGGAGAAUAUAAAAGGCAGAAACAUGAAAAAGCCGCUGCUGAUGAUGAUUCUGAUUCGAAUUUGAUUCAAUUGGAUGCUGUAGAAGGAAGCUGCAAAAUAAAUACAUAUAAUGAAGAGGUGACGUUUACAAAGUUAUCCUGUCCUGUCAAUCGAAGCAGAUUACAUCAGUAUUCAACCCAAAUACAGAACGACUUGAAAAAGCAGCUAAGACAUCAAAAAGCAAAGAAUUUUCUUCAUCUGGAAGAUAAAAUGUCUCUGGAGUCGAUACAGCAAUGCUGCACAUUACUAAGCCAGAUAAACUUGCCUGAGGCUAUGCUUGAGUCAGAGACAAGUGCAGACAGCGAUAGUGAGUUUGAUUCAGAGGUAACAUGUUAUUCCAAGACCAGGACAAAAAGACAAAAACCCUCAAAAGUCAAGACUGCUCUUCCUGCCCUCUCCAUUCGUCAAAUGGGCAAGCUCAAAUCAAAGCAGAUGAAUCAGGUGGCCCUGAAGAGCCCCACACCAUUUGUGAAUCAGUAUGCAAACCGCAGCAAUGGAGGAAUCCCAAUGUUUGCUCAAGAACGUUUGGUGGAAAGAACAGCAAAGCGAUUAAAAGAAAUGGAAAAAGCCGAAAAAUUACAAGAACAAUCAAACGCUCAUUUGCUAAGAAAGAAAGAAGAACUCAGUCAUAUUCCAGUUAAGAAUUACAUAUUUUACAUCUGCACUGACCAACAGAGUAAUAAAGGACUAAACAAACAAGCAAUACAAAAUACGAAAGAAGCAGUAGUUUCACAACAUGCGAAUGAUUACAGGAACAUCGAUUAUCAACUCACAUAACUGACAUGGAGGCCUAGCUACACUGGCAAAGACUAAGUCAAAAGAGAGAGAAGUUACAAUAUUGUCAGCAAGUCCAGGAAGAACAGGAGCCUCCAAUACAUGCUGCACAGCUUCAAUAGGGACAGGCAGCAGAUGAACAGUCCCCAAAGAAAUGGAGGAGAGUGACCACACCCUGCAUAUACUGACACAUAAUGACAUUGUUAUUUACUACUGUCUUCAGAAAUUCAGUGAAGGCACAGACUAGGAAUGUCUCAGGCCAUCUUCACCAAACUGUGCCAUUGGCUGGAGCAGGACUUAUGGUUAAAAAGGGUGGUCAUCUCAUCCUAGUGGUCACCAGGUCAUAGCUGCAUUAUAGUUUUAUGCUAGCAGCCUUCUGAUGAAGCAACGCAUGUUGCACCUUCCUAUCUUUGACUGACAGAUACAACUUCGAGGUCACAGAUGCCAUUUUCUCCACAUUAUAUCGGUUUAUGUCCUUCCCCUUCGAUGAGGAGAGUGAAGGAAUCUGAAAAGUGCGAUUCACCAACUUUUCUGAUCGGUAACUUGCAGUGUUCAUCAACAGAAAAGGUUUCCACUCCUCAAAGUUCAAUCUUUCUGUGGCCAUUGAUGCAAAAUUUUGAAAAUCUAUGCCAGAUAACCUGGGAGAUGUCAUAAUGCAUAUUUACUGGAGAACUCACAGGUUCCUGCAUCCUUCCAAAGCCUUUUGUCCAUACAGGGAUGGCUACCGGGAGACAGGGCUAUCCAACAUGGGUAAUAACACCUUUACAAAACCCUUAGACUGUUCAGCAGAGAUACAACAUAUCCACCAGAGCCAUAUCGAAUGAGAUGGAUCAUUAAGAUGAAGUUUUGAUGCCUGGAGCGCUCUGGAAGUACCAUGGAGAAAGCCCAGAAAGAGUGUGCUGCAUCAUUGUGCUAUGCUGUGCCCUUCAACACUGCGACUGACAAAGGAGCAUGUCCCAGACGCAAAGGAAACGGGGUAGGGGAUUGUGUGGGAGGUGGCAACAGCAAUCUCCUUAGGAUAAGAAUUAGAACAAUUGAUAAGGAGAGACAUCAACAGAGCAUGAUAGAGCAAUGUCACCAAGUAUGAGCAAGCUGGAAUUUAAACAUUACCUGCUUCCAGGAUGAAUGAAUUGGUCUGGGACUUUCUUUUAUGGUGAAACUUUCUGUUGGUUAUAUGACAAUACACAUUGACAUGGUUAUUUCUGCAGUUGUUGAAUUUGUCUGUUCACUAAAUGUUUAUAUUCUUACGAUUGUAUGCUUGAUACCUUGAGGUGAUCCCACUCUCAAAUAUGACACAGGUCUUUCUCAUUGCAAGGGAGGAUGCUGCAAACAUUGAGAUAGGGCAGCAAUAUCACAUGGUCCUGAGGUCAGGCAGCUCUUGAGGAUUCAGUUGGCAUAUGCCAUCCAAAUGUUGUGCAGUGAGGUCUCUCAUGAUAGGUGGAAAGUUAGAAUCAAUCCUGAACAACCCACUGUUUAUUCUUCCAUCAUCAGUUAGCCUUCAACAUUUCAGAGAUCUUGUAGACUGCUAAAUUGUCUUGAAAUAUUUGAAUGUCUUACACAUCUGUAUUUAGCAGGAGAGAGGCAGCAUUUUGUCAACUUCUCUUGGCAGACAGCUGAAAGAUGAGGCAGAGUGGACAUGCAAUCUUUCCAUUGUUCACAUCUAAUACCCUUUCAAUCAUCACUGAUUCCAUAUUCUAACUCACAGAGUGGUGUGAAUACGAAUUUGUGCAUGGUCUUACCACAAUUUCUGAACAUUACUGUAACCUCAGUGUUGUCCACAUUAAAAUGAAAUGCUUUAGCUGCAAACAUUAUGGCCAUGAGAUGUAGAACAGAAGCAGGCCUUUCAGUCCACUCAAUGAGGUCAUGACUGCUCUGGUAAUCCUGAAUUCUAUUUUCUUGCCUUUUCCCCAUAGCCCUUGACUCCUUUAAUAAUUAAAACUUUGUCUAUCUUAGCCUGGAGUAUAUUUAACAACCCUUAACAAGGCUCUUCGACCUUCUGAGGUAAAAAAAAUUCUACAGAUUCUUUAUCCCUAUGAAAGAGGAAGUUCCUUCCUUCUCUGACUGAAACAGGUAGACACUUAUUCUGAAAUUAUGCCCUCUGGACCUCGACUCUCCCACAAAGUGAAACAACCUCUCUGCGCGUACCCUGUCAAGUCCUCUAGGAAUCUUGUAUGUUUAUUAAGCUCACCUGUAAUUCUUCUAAAUGCCAAUGAGUAUAUGGCAAAUCUACACAACCUGCAUAUGACAGUAUCUCCAUACUAAGGAACAAUUUAGCAAACUGUUUCUGGCUGCCUCCAAUUGCAGUAUAUCUUUCCUUCGAUAAGGAACCCAAAGUUGUUCACAGUAUUCCAGUUCUGCUCUGACUAGUGCUUUGUAUACAUUUAGCAAUUUCUCCCUCUGUGAAGGCCAAUGUUUCAUUUGCUUUUCCUAUUAUCUGCUGAUUCGUAUGCUGGCUUUCUGUGAUUCAUGCACGAGGACUCACAAAUCCCUCUGUGCUGCAGCUUUCUGUAGUCUUUCUCCAUCUGUAUAAUAUUUAGCUCUUCUAUUCUUUGUGCCAAAGUGCAUAGUGUCACAUUUUCCCACAUUAGAUUUGCCCAGUUUUUCCUACUCACUGAACCUGUCAAUGUCCCUCUCAAGACUCUUUGAGUUAGCCUCACUACUAUUUUUGGGACAUCCACAAACAUGGCUGCAAUAUAUUCACUUUCCCCAUCCACGUGAUUAAUGCCUAUUGCAAAUAAUUGUGGCCCCAGCACUGAUUCCUAUAUCACGCCACUCAUUACAAGCUGCCAUCGUGAAAAUACAAUUCUCUGGUUUCUAUGAGUUAGUCAAUUCACUAUUUUGGCUAAUAUAACACCUCUAAUAUCAAUUCUUACUUUAUUAAGUAGCCCAAUGUGUGGUACCUUAUGAAAUGCCUUCUGAAAAUCCAAAUAUACUACACCCACUGUUUCCCUUUAAUUAGCAUGCUUGUUGCUUCCUCAAAGACAUAUAGUAAAUAUGUCAUACAUAAUUUCCCCUUACUGAAGCCAUGGUGACUCUGCUUGAUCAUGUUAUGGAUUGCUAAAUUCUCUAUUAAUACAUCCAUUAUAAUAGACUAUAACAACUUUUCCAUAACAGUUGUUGAGCCAACUGACCUGUUUUUGACUUUAUUUUUUAAAGAAAGGGGACUUUGAUGAUUUCUGUCACUGGCUGUUUUAAAUCACCUGAGAUUGUUCCAGAGUCUGAACAUUCUUGAAAGAGUUAAUAGUUUGGGAGGAUGAAGUGGGUGAGAGCCACCGACUGAACAUGAUAUGGGUAAUACUGAAUCCCUGACAGUGCCUCCAUACCAGUGAACCCUCUCUGGGCUGCCUCCAAUAGCAGUUGUCCAUGAACCUUGGUGAGAGAUAUGAGCAGUGACGGAGUUAGAGUGGUGGCCCUAUGAACAUGAGGAAGCAGAGAGAACAUCAUGAUACUUACCAUUGCAGAGUGCAAAAUAUCACAUUUUUCCUGCAUUGCUGGGCAUUUCUUCUAGCCUGGGAUAUUGCACUGACUCAAGCCACUAUUUUGGUCCAGGCUGGCUGAGUCUGGUGGUGUGCCCUCCGCUGCAGCUCAGCAAGAAAAAGCAGUGGCCCUCCUCUCCAUCCCCUGUCCACCAGCACCUCAAUGUCCCUAUCUGUAAAGCAGGGAGCUACCUCCUCUUUCUAGGCUAUUUCUUUGGGGAUAAUGCUGGAACACUGUAGAAUAAGUGACACUUCCUGGCUUGCCUCCUCUGAAGUAGUGCUUAACUGAGGGUCAAACGUGACACAAGUGGCAUGAAAAUCACAAAGUCCCAGCAGUGGCAAGCGCGUCUGCAUCUCCUGCCCCCAUGAUGCUGUGUCGGAAGGGCCAGUUACUCAAGAGCCAAAGGCUGUGUCAGAAAAGUCAACAUGGACCAUGAUAGAUUGGCUACCAUGAAUCUCACUCAAAUAAACACACUACCAAAAAAAAAGAAAAUUCAGUCUAUUGUGAUUAUUAAAUGGGAAAACUUCCUGUUUGAAACUUCUGAACCAAAGAUAAUUCAAGACUGAUGUCUCAAAAAAUCUGUUUUGGGGAUGGAGCUGAUUCCAUGUUCCUCCUACAGAUAGCUCACUCUGUUUGAUGUUCUGUAAUGGUACUAUCAAUGAGCUCUGUCCAGGUCAUGUUAUUGUGGAGCUAAGAACUUCUGUAUCCUUAAAUAAAGAUAAAAUACCACAGAUGCUGGAAACCUGAAAUAAAAACCCAAGAACGCUAGAGAAAUCUAGCAGCAUCUGUGGAGAGUGAAACAGAUCCAACAUUUCAAGUCUGCUGGCAAUGACUGGUUUUUACACCUACUCAAUUCUACAGCAGUUAUUGGUGUUGCUUCUUUUAGACAAUGCCAUUCAAUGUAGUUUUCUGGACACUUAUCAGAAUUUACCAUUGGCAUAUCACUGGCUCCAGGUAGUCCAGGGGAUAAAUAGUGAUUUUCUAGUGUUAAUGUUGUUAACCAAUGGAGGUUAUUGAAAUAGAGCAUAAAACCCAAUCUUUUUUCCAAGCAUAAAUACUUGAACUGGCAUAAAUGAGGAGCCAUCUAGCCUUGUGCAAAUCCUGAUGGAAAUCGCUGCCCCUAUUUCAGCACCAUUCUUGCACUUUGCUAGGAGAUUCGUAUCUAUUGAAUCAAGUCAUCAAGAUAUGGGUUAUCCAAAGUUUACAAUUGUAGCUUAUAAUACACUUUGUUUACGGUACCAGUGAAAAAUUAAGAAAUGCUUACUGUUUUAUAGUAGCAACAUCUACUUUUCAAGAUGUUUGUGUGGUGGGCUUAAUCCAAGAUAAAAGGCAUUCCAAACAUUCAAAACAUAGUUCACCUCUGGCAAGUACUGAAAGGUGAGGAAAGAGUACAUAACUGUUUAAAAUGUAACUGUCCAUAUAAAAUGGAAUAAACUUUAUUUUGACAUAUUUCUCUCUCCCUACAAUCAAAAACAGAUCAAUUCCCUUUCCGAGCUGUUUUAUUUG